AUGAAGGGGAUUGUCUCAAAUACCAUUGUUGUUCUAGUCAUCUCUGUGUGGACUGCCUUUGAAGUUGACAUUGUCCUUCCUAAGCCUCCUGAGCCAGAGCACCUAAAACCGACGAUGGUUGAGUGCCUCAAGAAUGUACAUAAGUGUUGGUUUUUCUCAUACACCAAGCCCAGUCAACUUAUAUGUGGCAGUGACGGGAUUACCUACAAUAGCAACUGCCAUCUCUGCUCCAAAGUUCUAUAUACAGGGCUUAACAUAACCAAAGUACAUGAUGGACCAUGUUUCAGCCUCCUGGGGCAGGGCCGCGCCAGCACCCUGGCCUAA